AUGUCUGUAUUUCAUAAAGCUCGAGCUGGAACAAGAGGUGGAAAAGAUCAAUUUAGUUGGGAUACAGUAAAAUCAGACAAAGAUCGAGAAUGUUUUUUAGGACAUUCUGUCAUGGCACCAACAGGUCGUUGGCAAGAGGGUAAAGAUUUAACAUGGUAUGCCAAAGAUCGUGAAAAUGAACAACAACAAAUUAAAUCAGCAGAAUUUAUUGCUGCUAAAAAACAUGAAGAGGAUGCACUUAUGGCAGCAUUAGGAAUGAAACCUAUGCCACCACCACCGACUCCUUCAAGUUCAACUCAACCAAAACCGGUGAUUAAACGUGAACCACAAUCAACAAGAUCAAUUAAAAAUGAACCUAUGACACCAGCAAUACAUGGUGAUUCUCGUAAUGAAAAACAUCAUCAUCAUCAUAAAAAACCUAGUAAUCAACGAAGAGAAGAUCGAAGACGACGAAGACAAUUAAAAGCAACUGGUUCUGAUGAAGAAAAACAUGAAUGGUCAGAAGAUGAUGAUGAAGAUGAUUUAUUAUAUGGUGAUAAUGAUGAAGAUCAAGCAAAACAAUUAACUGAACCAGAUGAAAUGACCGAAAAAGAUCUGGAUGAAUUUCUUCUUGAUCUUGUGAAAAAACAUGGUUUAAAAACAAUACAACGAACAUUAAAAUCAAAAAAAGAUAAAAAAGAACGUAAACGUAAACAUUCAUCAGAAUCUUCAUCAGCUUCUGAAUCAGAAGAAGAAGUAGUAAAAUCAGAGCCAAAACAUAAACAUAAGAAAAAACGUUCUCAUAAAGAAGAAUCAACACGUCAUAGAACUCGUUCACCAUCACCACCACCACCAUCAUCAUCGUCGUCAAAAAAAGAUCGUUCCAAACAUCAUCGGCAUCAUUAA